UUUGUCGCUGUUUUUGGUUUGUUUCUGCCUUAGAGGAAACUUUAUCAGCAACUGUUUUCAGGUGGACUGCUUUCUAGCCUCAGAGCCAUGAUUUGCUUGCUAGGAUGGACUGCUUUCAUUUGGACUGUGAAUUCCAUUCCUUGCACUUUUGGGAUGGCAGUAAGUGAACAAACAGAUGGCUCAUGUCCCGCUCUGACCGUAGAGGAACACAGGUUUAAGGAUGUUUUAGAUCGUCCCCUGCAAAUCACAGGAUUUGAUCUCACAGAAAAGUUUCUCCUCCGAAAGGGAACAAUCACAGAAGAGCUGCCGUCGUUCCGAUUAGGAAGCAGUCCACUUAUUAAGCCGACAAAAUCAAUUUUUCCAAAUGGGCUCCCAAGUGAGUACUCCCUUGUCUCCAUCCUCCGGGUAAGAAGAACCACUAAAAAAGACCGCUGGUAUCUUUGGCAGAUAUUUGACCAAUCAGGAGGCAGUCAGGUGUCUGUUGUGGUCGAUGGUGGUAAGAAGGUGUUGGAGUUUUCUUCCCAGGGCUCGCUAAAGAACACCCUCCGCUACACUUUUAAGAGCCGUGACCUACAUGCCCUCUUUGAUCGCCAGUGGCACAAGCUGAGCAUUUCUCUUCAGAGCAACAUAGUCUCCAUUUACAUGGACUGCAAGCUAAUAGAAAGAAGACUGACUGAUGAGAGGGACAGCAUUGACCCCAAUGGGCGCACACUCAUCACUACACGAGUAGAGGACGGACGACCUGUAGAUAUUGAACUGAAACAAAUCCUAAUCUACUGUGACCCUUAUAUGGCUGAGUUGGAAAACUGCUGUGAGCUACAAGAGUGUGGAGCAAAGACGACAUUUAAUGGGACUUCCCCUCCCCUGGAUACAGAGCCGAUCCCCCAGAUGCUGUCUCAGCCGCUCUCACAGUCAAUUGACAGAUGUCACUGUCCGGCUGAAAAGGGGGAUCCUGGUCUUCCAGGCGUAGUUGGACUGCCAGGACAAAAGGGAGAUCAAGGAGACAAGGGGGACACGGGGGACUCAGGGCCUCCAGGAAACCCGGGACACAAGGGGGAACUUGGAUCAGAAGGGCAAAAGGGAAUCGAUGGAGAGAAGGGUCUGAAAGGUGACUCAGGGCCAGUUGGUCCAGUUGGUCCUAAAGGAUCCAAAGGCGACGUGGGGCUGCCUGGAACCCCAGGGUUGCCUGCUGACAACAAAUGCCUCAAAGGAGAUCAGGGCCCUCGAGGUGACAAAGGAGAGAAGGGAUCGGCUGGGGUGCCAGGUCAGCCAGGGGAACCCGGCAAAGAGGGCAAAAGGGGACGGAGAGGAAAGACUGGGGAGCCAGGACUCAGAGGCCUGCCUGGUGCCUUAGGAACCUCCGAAGGAGCAAGUGUCAAGGGGGAGAAGGGUGAGUCUGGAGUCCCGGGGGAGAAAGGAGAGCGAGGAGAUCCUGGUCAGCCAGGUGCCGAGGGGACCGGCGGGAUGAAAGGACAAAAAGGGGAUGUUGGCCCUCCCGGUCCUCCUGGUCCUGUGAUGACAGCUCAUGGAUUAAGACAGCUCUCUGGAACUGAUGAAACAAAGGAAAGAAGCCAGAAGGGGGAAAAGGGAGAUGAGGGUGAGAAAGGGGUUCAAGGACCGCAAGGCCUCAAGGGAAACAUGGGGCCGCCAGGACUAAAGGGAGAUCAAGGCCCAGAGGGGAAGGAAGGACGGCCUGGACCCACUGGACUACCAGGGCUCCCAGGCGAGCCAGGCUCGCCAGGGGAGCCAGGGGUGCCUGGGAGAGAUGGCCUGAAAGGAGAAAAGGGAGACUCUGGAGGACUGAUUGGGCCACAGGGACCUCAAGGUCCUAAGGGUGAGCCUGGAGAACCUGGAGGUGGAUAUAUGGGCGAUGGGUUGUCUCUAGCUCGAGGGUCUCGCGGGCCGAAGGGUGAGCGAGGUGUCCCGGGAUUGCCAGGAGACCACGGCGAAAAGGGCGAACCCGGAGAGAGUGUCAUAGGCACACCAGGCCCCGUGGGACCCCCGGGGAAGCCAGGAAUUGAGGGCCUUCGUGGACCCCCGGGUUUUUCUGGCCCUCCUGGAGCUCCGGGAAGAGAGGGCUCCCCUGGUAGACCAGGCCCACCAGGCCCUGCUGGACCUCCAGGUGAACCGACUGCCCUGCCAAUUGUUGGAGACAUGGGCGCUUUACUUAAGAAUGCCUGCAGUGCCUGCCAGACAAGGGUCCCGGGGCUGCCUGGGCAGAAGGGAGAGAAGGGGUCCCCUGGAGCGCAAGGAGUAGAAGGCUUGGUGGGAGAGAAGGGGGAUCCAGGUGUACGAGGUCCGAUGGGUAACCCUGGGAAAGAAGGCCCUAAGGGAGUGAAAGGAGAGAGAGGGUUCCCAGGCCCCAUCGGAGAUAAAGGUGAUGAGGGGCCUCCAGGAGCACCAGGCCUUCCAGGUGUGACCGGUCGAACAGGGUCCCCGGGGCUCAUGGGUAGACCAGGUCCAAUGGGCCAAUCAGGAACAAAAGGAGAAAAAGGAAAUGAAGGACCUCCAGGCAGACCGGGGCUUCCAGGACCUCCGGGUGUGCCCAGUCUGGAGAGCAAUGGGAUGAGCAGUCUGUACAAGCUGCAGAGUGGUGGAGCUAUUUUAGGACCCCCUGGAGCUCCUGGUGCUCCAGGUCCCAAAGGAGAUGAUGGACUUGCAGGAGAACCAGGGGCCAUGGGAUUACCUGGGCUUGAAGGUCUACCCGGUGCUAAGGGUGAUAUCGGUUUGCCUGGUCCACCUGGGAUAUCAGGUCCUCCAGGGAAGCCCGGCACUCGUGGAGAGCCAGGGAUCCCAGGAGAGCCGGGUGAGAGGGGGCCGCUCGGAGAGACAGGAUUCCCUGGGCCCGAGGGACCCCAAGGUGUUGCUGGCAGACCUGGAAAAGAUGGAACUCCUGGAUACAAGGGAGCUACAGGUAGACCAGGGGACAGAGGAUCCAAAGGAGAACGUGGUGAUCCAGGGAUUCCUGGAGAAAGAGGUGUUCAAGGCGAGAGGGGUCGCAUUGGAGAUUCUGGCCCAAUAGGACCGAUCGGUCCACAGGGUCAAAAAGGCGAUCCUGGACCUCCAGGACAGUUGGGGAGUGUUAGCCUCCUGGGUGAUCCCGGCUUCACAGAGGAACUCAGAAUGUUUAUUCGAAAUGAAGUGUUGAGGAUUUUUGAAGAGAAACUAUCGAACCCCGCCAUGCUGCAGAAGACACCUGCGGGCAUUUUAGCUUCCAACGUUCAAGGGCCUCCAGGACCACCUGGAAAAGAUGGAUUACCAGGCCCACCUGGCGAGCCCGGACCUCCUGGUCCUCAAGGAUACAGAGGUCAGAAAGGAGAACGAGGCCAGCUGGGGUAUGGGUUACCAGGAGAUCCAGGACCCACGGGCCCACCAGGCCCUCCUGGGAUCCAUUCUCAAGGCCCUCCUGGCUCUCCUGGGCCCCGUGGACCUCCUGGGACAUGCGACCCCGGCGACUGUCGUCUUCCGUCCCUAUAAGUCCGGCAGAGCGGUUCGGGCUGGUUCGAAGACGGCCGUCCAGCUCCGAGCUCUGCAGCCACAGAGCCGGAGCAGGACUGUAUCUGACAGGCUUCCUCGGUUCUGAUUUAUCGGUCAGACUCACAACUGACCCCUUUUGUCUACUUUAUAAUAACAUUUGGAAGUCGUCUGGGAUUUUGUUUUUCGGUGGGGAUUGCUGUUGGGCUUGUUUUGAAUGCAACAAGAAAAAAAAGAAAAAAAAAACCUUUUGCAGUGCUGUACUUUUUAAGUUAUUUCUUGUUUUCAUGUCCCCUACUGUGAUGUAAUGCAUUCCUUGUCAACUCUCAAUAUGCCUUUCAAGACCAUGAAAUGACUUUGUUUCGUCAACUUCAGUCCUGCCUGAAAACACAAUCUUAAUUAUUUGUUUGGCUCUUUAAUGGGCAUGUCUAUGCACUCUUCUGUUUUUAUUCAGAUAAGCCAUCGUGCUGGCAGAAGGUACAUCUCAUGUUUCUGUGUGCGAGUUGGCGUGUGCUUGUGUGUGCGAGAGAUAGAGCAAGAAAGAGAUUAGCAGACUGAAUGUACUUAUUUUAUGUGUAGGUGUGAGAAAAUAACAGAUUUUUUUUUUUUGAAUCUCCUUAUGCAACCAAAGUGCAAGCCAAUGUGUCUGAUACAGAAAUUAUUUAUUUUAAGUGUGUUCUUCAAGAAUGUAUUUAAAAGAUGGUACUAAUAAUUGUACUAAAUGUAGCAUGAAUAAUCUGUAAUAUUAUUACUAGAAAGUGGAUUAAUACAUUUCUGGAUUGCUUAUAAUCCCGAAAGAGUUUAGUUUCUUGAAAUUGUCACUCAUGACGCAUUUGUGUGCGAUAAUCACUUUUAAAAAGAACUCGCAGUAUAACGGUUACUGACGAGGAUGUCUUCCCAUUUUCCCGAAGUCCUGUGCCGGUUUCCGAGCACUCAUCAGUGAGGUUUGCCAAAGCUUUUGUAACCCACAAACAAACUCGCUGAUGCUGUUUGUCUGAAGCGAUUUGUAAGACACGAACAUCAAGGGCAGAUUUUUCCACAUGAAGAGAAUGUACUUUAAAUGACAUUUAUGUUCAGCGAGUGGGACGUGACCCCUCAUUUACCUUUACCGUCGGUUUAAUCUGUAAAUAAGUGGUUGUGUACUUUUUGUUUUUCUCAUUUCCUGACUAAUGGGGCUUGUUAAGGGACCUGACAAUAUAAUUUCAUAAGCAAGUUGUCAUUGUAAUGGCGCAUUAAAGUUCUCACUCAUGUUAUCAAUCAUACAUCGCUGCAAAUGUUUGACAUGACUAUUAACACAUAUAUUGUUUACAUAGUGUUGUGUAUGAUGAUUCCUCUGGUUUUAUAUGUAUAUUUUUGGUUUUCGGCAAAGGAAGUCGGACUACUACACUACAACUGACAGACGUUUUUAUUUUGGUGAAAAUACUCAUAAAUGUACUUGAACUCUUGCGUUGUUUUAACAGUAUCGUGGUCUACAGCCUGGCUCUUCACUCACUGACCAACACUGUGCGUCACUGUGUAUUGUUGGGUUCGGGGGGUGUCUUAAGACUGGAGUUUUGAUUUAUUUGUUAGUCUGAGCGAUGUUUAAUGUGCUCAACUAAUUUCAGAAGCUUUUGAGUCAGUUUUAUCUAAACAGGGCACAUUAUACAUAUUAUGCACAAAAGAUGAACUUGUGAUCUCAUUAACUCCAACUGUUUGGUGUCACUUUUCAAGGAUGCUGCAGAUUUACCGAAUGACUAAAGCUCCCAGCAUUCAAGCUUCAGAUUUAAAUGAAUUCCCUGUUUUGAAAAGUUUUAUAAUUUCUUCAUUUAAAAAAUAAAUAAAUAAAAAACUUGACCUCUAUAAUAAUACCAAACAAUGAACUUUUAAAGAAAGCGAUAAUUGGCCUGUAGUCGAUAUUACGUUCCACAAGCUUUCAUUUUGAACUCUGUUUAAUGAGAUUUUGACUCAAAGGCUUUAAUUUUUCUUUUGAAAGUCCUGCUGUGAUUAAUGUUUGAAAGGAUCUGUGGGUGUAUCUGAAAUUUUGUGACAUUAAGAACUCUGUUCUAUCUGCAUUUCAACUUUUGAGAUCUGUUUGACCCUUUUUAUACUUUGUACUUCAUGUCUUACAUCAUAGUCGUCAUGCUUCUCAUACACAUAUAACUCACCCUCUGAGAAGCUACAGAAUACUUUUUCUUUUUAUUUAUUUCAUUUUUUUCUGAGCAUGUCAGCUUGGUUUUUAUCUCUACUAAAUUCUAUCAGUGUGAGUUGGUCUAAUUUUAGAUGGGUAUUGAAUCAAAUGCUUGCCACCGACUUCAUUUUUGAGUUAAAAGAGCCCCCUGCUGGACAUGUAUUUAUUUUCACAUUGCUUGUUAUGUGAAUGGAAAACAAUCUUUCUUUGGUUUAUAGGCCACAUAAAAAUCCCCUCCUUCCACUGGCUUCUGUCCUUUCAUCACACUAAUUUUCAUAUUUGGUUUAAUGGGUUCCCAUCAGAGACAAUAACGCUGACCUUGACGAGAUUCACAUAAGACCGCAUCAGCAAAUUAAUGUGAUCUAAACUUUUUUUCUUUUUUUUUUUGGUGCACUGAUGAGAGCGAGUCCCUGCGUGUAUCGAAUUUAGCUUGAAUUGAUAUUAAUGUGCAGCAGUUUGUGACUUCAAUUUAGCUUAACAGUAUGAUAAGUAGGGAGGACACAAAAUGGCUGCUGAUGUCACAGCUCACUUCACUAGAAAUUUGGAGCCAUUUUACAUCGCUCCAAGUUUAAAAUCCAUUUAUUCUAAGUGGAAAAAUGUGCAAUGAUGGCAAACUCAAAGGACGGAGUUGUUGUCGGCCGAAGCAUUCUUUGGAAAUGCUGUUAUCUAUCUUAAGUCAGGCUUGUCAAAUAAUGCAAAUUCACUUACAAACAAUAACACCACUUUCAUUCAUUCAAAUAUUUCAUUGUUGCCUCUUUUUUUUUGUGCUCUAAUGUAAGUUGAUCUUGUUGCCACAUAUAAUCUAAUCUUGUAAGUAAGCUUGUAACGAGGGGGAAUAUGGAUCAGCCUCAGCACGGUCCCUCAGAUUAAAAAUGUCUGCCUGCUGCUCUCACUGAAACUGCUCUUUGCUCCUUUGUAAGCUCCUGUCGUGCGGAGCGACUUUAAUGUUUGUUUUUUGGAAAGUCUUUUGUUUCGUUGAAUAUCUACCUCAGUCUUGGUUUACCACAUGUCUAUAUGAUCAGAUAUCUCGGAGAGAGAGAGAAAAAAAAUCAAAACAACUGUUGCCUUUUACUGAAAAUGCAAUUUAAAACCUCAUGUGUAUGUAAAAAAAAACACAUAUUGCAGUCCUGGAUGUUGACAUCAGUGAAGUGUUCAUUUAAAAAAAAAAUAACAAGGGACGUAAUGUUCCCUCAAGUGUGUGUGUGUGUGUGUGGUUACCAGGUAUCAGAGGUUAUAUUUUACACUUUUCUUUGCAGCUUAUUUACACUGAUUUAUGACAUCUGCCUUACACGUGUGCAAUAAAUGUUAUCCACUGCUUUA